AAGUGCAAUCGUCGAGCUAAGUAGUGUCGUUAUAUUGUUCAUCUGAUUAAGUGGUGCACUGUACAGCAACAAAACAACCAUCGUUAGCAGCUUUGCCAGAUUAUCUUCGGACGACAGAAAACAGCAGCAACGCGAGACAGGAGAGCUAUACAAAGCGCUAUCAAGAUGACUUCAAUGUUCGACCAGUACUCCAGUACCCUGAUACGGGAAAACUCUGUCGAUGUGGACUUCUAUCCAGGCCAAAAGACAUCCGGCUACGUGAGCGUGCGGACGCGCAAAGAAGUUCCCAUUUUCACGAAGCAGAAGAUGAACUUGAACCUGCCGUCGGGCAUACUUUUUAUGUCCGUGCAAAACGACUGGUUGAUGAUGCUAAUGACUAAUCACACCAUUCUACGCAUGAACCUAAAGCAACCAGAUAAGUUUACGGAGGUGCCCAUCGAUAAAAUCAUUGGAGGCUUACGACCAUCCAACAUAUAUGUCGAUCCACUGGGCGCCCAUAUGCUGGUCACGUUCAUGCCAAAGUCAACGGGCUUUACGCCGGAAACCUUCUACCUGCAGCGAGGUAGCUUCAAACCAAAAUUUGUCACCAAACUAAAGGAUCAAGAAAUAACGGCAAUCGGAUUCAAUCAUAUGAACACAUCGGAAGUAAACACAGGUCCGAUAUUGCUUGGUACUGCACAUGGUGUCAUAUGGGAGGGUGAAAUCGGUAUCGAGAGUGGCGAUAAGUUAGCGAUAAGCUACAUCAGACACGCAUUCGACGUGGGGAAAGGCGAUCCGCGGCCUAUAACUGGUCUCGAGUUUUACCUGAAAUCGGAUCAAAGAAGCUUGCACUGCAUAAUUUUGGUGCUUACGGCUGAUAGGUUGUACAAGUUCCACAACACUAUUCGAACCGGCACGCACUCAGUUAACGCAGCACAGGAAAUCAAAGCUGGCGGUUAUUUGCAGAAGGUUUUCAACUCGUAUUUGAACGUUCCUGAGCAGCUGAAGGAUUACGAAGAGCUGCCGACAGACAGGGGCAAAAAUCAGAUACCGAAGUUGGCGUUUAAUUACGAAGAGGACUUUCCUAAAAGCUUCGGCUACCUAACCGAAGAUGGCAUACAUUAUCAGGAGAUUGAUCCAGCAAUUGACAGGUCGCAGUUUGUGGUGCAAAAAGAGCUGAUACCGUUUCCCGAGCCACGCGAGGUCCCAGUUUCUACCAGUUCGCACAAAGUAGCUGCAAAAUCAACCUGUCCUGUAUCCUUUAUUCUGACGGACUUUCAUGCACUACUUGUAUUUACCGAUCACGUUACCGCUAUCUCGUUGUUGGACUACCAGGUCAUAUACGAGGAAUACUUCGUUGAACAAUACGGCAAAUUGAUAAAUAUUGUCAAAGAUAUGCGGUCGAACAUUACCUUUGUAUACAGCAACAAACUCAUUUUUCGAUACAAGAUUGUCAACGAGCAGCGCAAUGCAUGGAAACUGUACGCCGAUCGGCAAAAAUUUGAUCUCGCGCUGCAGUACUGCAAUAAAAACCCAGCCCAUCGGGACAUAGUGCUAGUGAAGCAAGCGGAGUCGUUUUUCUACAACGGCAACUAUUUGGAGGCGGCCCGCAUCUUUUCCGAAACGAAACUAAGCUUUGAAGAGGUGUGCCUUAAAUUUAUACAGAAAAACCGCAACGAGGCGUUGCUUCUGUAUCUACGAAACAGGCUGGCGCAACUGAAGUCGCACGAGGAAACGCAAACCACCAUGCUGAUCGUGUCGAUCGUGCAACUGUAUUUAGUCGAAAUCUCUCACAGUGCGUCUGUUUCCCAAGAACAAACGCGAGAGCUACAGAAAGAGUUUGAAAGUUUUAUGGCAAGCAGUGUGGUGAUGACAUGUGUGCGAAAGAACCGCUCCGCCAUUUACGAUUUAAUGGCCUCAUACGGUGAUACGCAUAAUCUAACCGCACUGACCACGAUCAACCAAGACUAUGAAUCAGUCAUCAAUCAAUACAUAAAUCAGGAAAGGUACGAAGAUGCGCUGGGUGUGCUGAAUGCGCAAAAUCGAGCGGAACUGGUGUAUCAGUAUGCUCCGAUUACGAUGGAGGUGCUGCCAGUAGGUACGAUCAAUAUGCUCAUUGCUCAUCGUUUGGAUCCGAUACGGCUGAUGCCUACCCUACUGUGCUUGGAGUCGAAGCUGCACGCGCAAGAAAUCGUCCGCUAUUUGGAGUUCUGUAUACAUUCGCGAGGCUGUACGCAGCCCGCUAUACACAAUUACCUGGUUCAGCUUUACGGCACAUACUUCCCAGAACAACUGUUAAUCUUCCUCGAAUCCCAGGGUAAAGAUACCACAAUGGUGCACUACGAUCCGCACUAUGCACUACGUAUAAGUUUGAAGCACCGGAUCAACCAUGCGAGCGUAUUUCUGCAAUGUUUGCUACAAAUGUCGAUUCCGGCGGUGCGUUUAGCAUUAACAUUCAAUGAUGAGUCCGGUCGGUUGCUCGCCAGGCAGACAGCGUCGCAGCCGGCGGAUCGGAAUCUGCGGAAGCGACUGUGGUUAAUCAUUGCGCAGCACGAGAUAAGUGGUACACGCGACGAAGAGGUGCAGCAGGCUCUUACGAUACUCAAGGAAUGUGAUUUGCUGCGAAUUGAAGACUUGUUGCCGUAUUUUUCGGAUUUCCAGAAAAUAGAUCACUUUAAGGAGGCUAUCUGUAUGUCUUUAAAAGAUUACAACAUGAAAAUACAGGAGCAACGGAAAGAUAUGGAGGAAUCGGCCAGAUCAGCUAGCCGGGUGCGAAACGAGCUGCAAACCUUCCGAAAUCGAUCGGUUACUAUCGGUGCCCAAGAACAAUGUGUGGUUUGUGGCGUCUACCUGCUUUUAAAACCCUUCUUCGUUUUUCACUGCGGACACAAGUUCCACGCCGACUGCUUAGAGCAUCAAAUUAUUCCCCAACUCAGUUUGGAAGCGUCUAAUCGUUUAAUGACACUGAAACAUACACUAGCGACAACACAAAAUCUAGCAAACAAUGCAGUUGCAGCAGGAGGCUCGAUGUCAACAAUUUCUCACAAGGACAAAUUGCGAAGUGAAAUAGAGAAUAUCAUUUCUUCCGAAUGCUUGUACUGUGGUGAGCUGAUGAUAAGCGCCCUCGACAAACCGUUUGUGGAAAACAAGCAACUAGCGGACAGUGAGUGGGAUUAACUGAAUGGGGGGAAACACGUUCUUCAAUAUAUUUGCUUAUUAAGUUUAUGUGGAAU